UUUAAUUAUAAUGAACCUCGAAAGAACAAUAACAAAAUCAUCAUCAGAUCGAUGAGAAAAAAUUCAAUUGCGAAAAUGGAACAUCUCAGCUGCGCCUCAUUCCCUUUCUAGAUUCAGCUCCAUCGAAGCAUAAUCCCCAUCAUCAGAUCUCGUCGAUUGCAUUUGAAUCUGAUUCGAACAUGGCAGGAGCUGCUUCUGCGCUGUUUCUUCUCGAUAUCAAAGGCCGCGUUCUCGUCUGGCGUGACUACCGCGGCGACGUCUCCGCCGCUCAAGCCGAACGCUUCUUCUCUAAGCUCAUCGAGAAAGAGGGAGAUUCACAGUCAAAUGAUCCAGUUGCUUACGAUAACGGGGUCACUUACAUGUUUGUCCAACACAGUAACGUUUACCUUAUGAUAGCCUCCAGACAGAACUGUAAUGCCGCCAGCCUUAUCACCUUCCUCCACCGCGUCGUCGAUGUCUUCAAGCAUUACUUUGAGGAGUUAGAGGAAGAGUCACUCAGGGAUAACUUUGUCGUUGUGUAUGAGUUACUUGAUGAGAUGAUGGACUUUGGGUACCCUCAGUAUACCGAAGCAAGAAUCCUCUGUGAGUUCAUCAAGACUGAUGCUUAUAGAAUGGAAGUUACACAGAGACCUCCUAUGGCUGUCACUAAUGCUGUCUCCUGGAGGAGUGAGGGAUUACAGUACAAGAAGAACGAAGUUUUCUUGGAUGUGAUUGAGAAUGUGAAUAUUCUUGUCAACAGUAAUGGGCAAAUCGUCAGGUCUGAUGUUGUUGGAGCCCUGAAUAUGCGAACUUACUUGACUGGGAUGCCAGAGUGUAAGUUAGGACUGAAUGAUAGAGUAUUACUGGAAGCCCAGGGGCGAGCAACAAAGGGAAAAGCCAUUGAUUUAGAAGACAUCAAAUUCCAUCAGUGUGUUCGAUUGGCCCGUUUUGAAAAUGACAGGACAAUAUCUUUCAUACCACCUGAUGGUGCUUUUGAUCUGAUGACAUAUAGACUCAGUACUCAGGUAAAGCCUCUUAUAUGGGUGGAAGCGCAAAUAGAAAGGCAUUCCAAAAGUCGUGUUGAGAUGCUCGUAAAAGCUAGAAGUCAGUUCAAGGAACGAAGCACCGCAACAAAUGUUGAGAUUGAGUUGCCUGUACAAGCCGAUGCAUCUAACCCCACCGUUAGGACAAAUCUGGGGUCUGCUGCUUAUGCUCCUGAAAAAGAUGCAUUGGUCUGGAAAAUCAAAUCUUUCCCCGGGAACAAGGAGUACAUGUUGAGGGCAGAGUUCCAUCUUCCCAGUAUAACUGCAGAAGAAGCAACACCUGAGCGAAAAGCUCCUAUCCGUGUCAAAUUCGAGAUCCCUUAUUUCACUGUCUCAGGGAUUCAGGUUCGGUACCUGAAGAUAAUCGAGAAGAGCGGGUACCAAGCACUUCCAUGGGUGAGAUACAUUACCAUGGCUGGUGAGUACGAACUAAGACUCGCCUAAGGCUCAUUCGGUUAUUCAUUUGUUAAGUCAAUUGUGGUUCCCACAUUCAUUGGGGAAUCGAUAAAACGAAACAAAACGAAACAGGACAAACGUAGAGAAAAAGAGACUGUUUUGAAACUUUUUUUAGCGGAUCAAAUCUGCCUUUUAAUUUGAAUUAGUAGCCAUAUUCUUGUGAAUUUAUUUAAUGGUGACUUUUUCACUUUACA